AUCAGUGUCAAAACCAAUAAAACCAAGAUAAAGUUUUUCCUUUUUUCCGAAGAAAAAGACAGUGAAAAAGGAACACACACCCCCACCUUCAACUUAAAUCUCUCUUCUUCCUCAUUUAUAUAAAAUAAUACUAGUACUACACAUAUGCAUGUAUAAUAUUUAGAGAGAGAGAGAGAGAGGGGGGCUGUCACGGGUUUGUCUUGAAAGGCCCUUAUUUCCACAGUUGUAGACAGACAGACACAUAUUCCUCUCUCACUACAUACCCGAGGUCUUCUUGGUAAAUAUAAAAUUUUCACCACUCUUGAAUUCCCCAAACUACAAAUCCAGUGAGUUUGGUUUGAAGAAAGAAACCCUAGCUGAUGGCGCUGAUGGUGGAGAAUUGCGAGAGCAUAAUCUUGUCGCUGGAGUCGCAGAAAUCAGUGCCUGCCCCAUUCCUGAGCAAGACGUAUCAGCUGGUCGACGAUCCGGCCACCGACCACGUCGUCUCGUGGGGCGAAGACGACACCACUUUUGUCGUGUGGCGGCCGCCGGAGUUCGCCCGCGACCUCCUCCCCAACUACUUCAAGCACAACAACUUCUCCAGCUUCGUCCGCCAGCUCAACACCUAUGGUUUCAGAAAGAUCGUCCCUGACAGAUGGGAGUUCGCCAACGACUUCUUCAAGAAGGGGGAGAAGCACCUGCUCUGCGAGAUCCACCGCCGCAAGACCGCCCAGCCCGCCGACCACCACCCGCCCUUCUUCCCUUACCCUUCCCGCCUCAGCAUCUCCCCGCCCGAUUCCGACGACCAACAUCUACACUACUCCUCUCCGCCGCCGCCCAUCCCAUCCCCACCCGACUCGCUCACCGCGCUGUCCGAGGACAACGAGAGGCUGCGCCGGAACAACCACAUGCUCAUGUCGGAAUUGGCCCACAUGAGGAAACUCUACAACGACAUUAUAUAUUUCGUGCAGAAUCACGUCAAGCCUGUCGCUCCCAGCAAUUCCUACAACUCCUCUCUCUUCCUCUGCAACUCGCCGCCGCCUCUGCACAAUCUCAUGACCUCCAACAAGAAUUCUUCGCACAACUUCGCCAAGGUUCUAGAAGAACCCGAACCCUACAGAACUAAGCUGUUUGGAGUGCCGCUGCAAUCCAAGAAACGGUUGCAUUCAGAGUUUAAUUCGUCAAACAAGUCGAGGUUGGUUCUCGAGAAGGAUGAUUUAGGGCUGAAUCUCAUGCCGCCGCCGCCAUGUUAGGAAAAUAGUUUUUUUAUUUUUUCUCUGUUACGUUUAAUGUGUUUAUCAUUUAGUGCUCGUGAAUCUUGUUGAAGCAGAAACCAAAACUUGAGGGAAAAACUAAACGUUUCUGUACAUAGAAUUGUAGCAGCCAUGGUGUUAUCUUAGCUUGAUGCAGGUGGGUUUUCUAGUUAGAGAGAGAAUGACGAUCAAAUUAAGGUUAAAAUCCGUUCAAGACUGUUUUUUAUGUUUUGGCUUAGUUCAACGGAUAUUUCUCUCUUGUAGUUUGGAUCUUAAUAAUCCAGCAUUUAAUUCCUCUC